AUGCAGCUCUCCCUCGUCGCGCUCUUCGCCGCCGCCGCCGCCAGCAGCUUCGCCCUGGCGGUACCUACGACGCUUACGGCCCGCCAGACGGGCAACUGCCCCGCGGUGCCGUACUGCUACUUCUACGGCACGGUCACGCACCGGGACGGCACCACGCAGGACGGAGUGACACUCACCGAGUCGUGCGCGGGCUGCCCCUACACCAGCUGCGGCGCACCCAACCCGGGCAGCAUCAACGUCGGCGCCGGGACCCUCAAUGGGUACAUCGCGCAUUGCACGUAUUGGACUAGGGGAGAGGGACGUCAGUCGUCGCAGUCCCGUUUGCAGGAGGUUGUUGGUUCAAAGAUGAAACGUUCCGUCCUUGCCACCAUCGCCCUUGCCGCUGCAAGCUCUGCGCUCAAGGCGCUGCCCUCGCCAGCCUGCAGCAUCUCCGGGACACUCACAAUCGGCGGAGCAUCCUUCCCCGUCACUGUAGGCCAGGACUGCGACGGCACUUUGGACAACCACACGACAUGCGUGCCUAUGGCUCGAAGCACGCCGGGCCGGAUAACCAUUCCCGGCGUUGGUAACGUAGCCGUAACUGAGGGCCAGCCCUUCACCGUCACCAUAGGCGGUAUGCACCACACCUUUAUGAUGUGUCAGUGA